AUUAUACAAAUGGAAGAUAAUCGUAAGAGAACCAAGCGAAGUAGUAGCCUACAUUCGGCCAAGCAUAAGGGCCAAAGGAAGGACCACCUGAGACUAAGCGACAACCAUCCAUUGACCAAAAUGAUGUACAAUAGGAUGCAUAAAUAAAGGGGCUAGCAAGAAUGCCAGAAUCAGAGGUAGCAGAGAUUUUGACACUCUCCAGGACUCGUUUAAUAAUAAAUGGGAUUUCCAAGUCAGAUCUCCUAAUAUAUCCCACUCCACUGGGAGGAAGCGAAGGCCAAUUUCCAAGCAGCAUAAGCGAAAUUCAACCACAAAUCCCAAAUAAGAAGAGAGCUUCCAAUAAUAACUCUGUUCGGAGAGGGGAGAUAAUGAAGCAGUACCUUGGCAAGAGCCUGAAGGGCGGAAUGUUCAGCACGAAAGCUAAACCCAAACCUAAUUUUGGCAAGUUAUAUAGGUCCUUCCAUUACCAAAAACCUAUAUCCGGACUGAAUGCACCGACACCGCAGUUUACUAAAUUCUUGACGAAGAAGAAGGUGAAUAACUUCUUCAUAGAUUUCGUAUCCCCAGAGAGAAGCGUGAAGAACUCAAAGUUGAAUAAAUCGAAAAACAGUGAUUUUUCAAAAAGCAAGACUAGAGAUAACGUGAACUCGCCUAUAAAUUUUAUCAAGAAUUUCAAGCCUGAGCCUAAAAUCCCAAUUUACAAGAUAUUCAAGAGUGUAUCAGCAGUGGAAGCAUGAGAAGAAGGCAAGGAUGUAGAUUUUGAUGAGAAGAAGAAUAUUGUCACUAAGUUCGCAUUUGCUACGAGAGUGGGACACUCUCCUUCAAAUCCGAACAAGGUUAAUCAGGAUUCUUUCAUUCUUGCUCCGAAUAUACUCAAUAUACAGUCAAUGCAUUAUUUUGGUGUUUGUGAUGGCCAUGGGCAAAACGGAAAGGAUGUCUCUAGCCUCGUCAAGCAGCAGCUUCCAUCAUACCUUGAGGAGUACUUAUACUCCACUAAACUAAAUGUGAAGGACUCAUUGAAGCAGAGCUUCCUGGAUUGCAAUAAAGAGCUCAUGAGUAACGGGAAAUUUGACGUAUACCUCUCUGGUACAACUUGCUGAACCACUUUGUUCUACGGAAACCAUUUGUUCUGAGCCAAUUCAGGGGACUCCAGAGCGAUUAUUGUGGGUAAAACCGAUGAUACAGAUGAGCUGAUCGUGAAAGCAGCCUCAAGAGACCACAAGCCAAACGAAACUGAUGAAGCUAAACGUAUUCUCAAGGUUGGAGGUCGAAUAGAAGCAUUUCAGGAUUACGAUGGCAAACCAAUAGGCCCACUGCGAGUUUGGUUAAAAUAAAGACGAUCUUCCUGGACUUGCUAUGUCAAGGUCCCUGGGAGAUGGCUGAGCUCAAGAGGCUGGAGUUGUCCCAAAUGCAGAAAUUUUCGAAUUCAAGUUGACCUCAGAAGACAUGUUCAUUGUUCUAGCUAGUGAUGGAGUUUGGGAGUUCAUGCAAAAUGAUCUAGUUGCCAAAAUAGUUGCCCCAUUCUACUUAAAAGGGUCCCCAGAAGCAGCUGCAAAUGCUGUCGUCAAAGAAGCCUACAAGCAAUGGAGAAAGCAGGAAGAAGUCAUAGAUGAUAUCACAUGAGUGAUUGUUUUCCUUCAAUCAAAGUAA